GACUGAAGUAGAUCGCCAAGACGGAGAGAGAGCGCGCAGAGAGUGGCAAGGCAACCAACAAUGGAAACUGGAACAACAGGAACAAGUGUCAAGGCUUCGUCUCUCAGAUGGAAAAUUCUUCGUCAAGCUAUUCUUCGCAAACCAAACGCAGAUGAGCAAUCUGAAAUCGGCAUUAAGCGAAUUACGAGGAAGACGAAGCAGGGCUUCAACUUGUUACCAUGCCAUCUCGUUGACGACGCAUCUCACUCGAGCGAUGUUACCGUCUGCUACACCUUGCCCAUCGACUCUGCUCCCAAGCUUAACCUAACUCAAAGAAUGGUUGACCAUGCUGAACUCAGUGACUUUGAGAUUUGUAAUAAGUACAAUAUUGACAACACUGGGCUUGUUUGUCAGUGGCCAUCAGAAGAGGUUCUUGCAUACUUUUGCUUGUCACACGCAGACAUGUUCAGGUCUAAGAGAGUAAUUGAGCUUGGAUCAGGCUAUGGCUUAGCUGGUUUAGUUAUUGCAGCAGUCACUGAGGCAUCAGAAGUUGUAAUUUCAGAUGGAAAUCCUCAAGUAGUUGAUUAUAUUCAGCAUAAUAUUGACGCCAACUCAAAAGCAUUUGGUGGUACAAGAGUGAAGUCUAUGAUGUUGCAUUGGAAUCAGAACGAAAUUUCAAAUAUCUCUAGCACUUUUGAUCUCAUUGUUGCCAGUGACUGCACCUUCUUCAAGGAAUUCCACAAUGGACUUGCUCAAAUUGUCAAGUUCCUGUUGGGAAAAGUUCAGCCCUCAGAAGCUAUAUUUUUAAGUCCUAAAAGGGGCGACUCAUUGGACAAGUUUCUAGAGAAAAUCAAAGAAAAUGAUUUGCGCUUCAGCCUACAAGAGAAUUAUGAUGCAGAAAUUUGGAAGCAUCAUACGGAGUUCAUGAAUGGUGCUGUUUCCUGGCCCAGCUACCAAAAAGAUCACUGCUAUCCCUUAUUGAUCAGAAUUACAGUGUGAACUUGCACUCAUAUUCCUUCGUCAGCUGCACAUAUUUCAGGCAAUAUAGAUUCAUCGCGGAAUCAAAUUUUGCUGGCUGAGCUGUGCUGUAGCCUGUUUGAGUGUACUAAUUAUUGUAAGGAAAUAGGAAUUGCAGCGUACUGCCUGAAUUCGGUACUACUUCCUCCACAAUAUGUGGAUCCAGAUCCAUAGUCACUUCAACUGCAUAGUCCUUCCAUAUCAUUGUGUAGAUCCUCACUGUUGUUUAGUUUACCAAUGGAAGCGAAAGAAUGGCAUUACCCUUUUUGGUUUGUUGUAUUUGUGAUUUCCUUUUUAAGUCUAUAGAUCUUAGCAGAUUUAUAGUUUACCAAUUGUAAUGCAAGAAUGAGAUUGCUUUUUUAAUUGAUAUAAUAUAUUAAUGAUUGAUUUCCCUUUUAGCAUGAUCUAGGAGGGUGCAUUGAAAGUUUUAUACUUUUGUCUGAAGAUUCCUUAUCUUUAUUUGAGCAUCAAGUCACAUAUUUAGCUUUUAAAUACAGCCGUCCAUGAGUAAACAAAUACACGGACAACAGAGGACGCUGCUGAACAAUGUCAAAAGCAAUACUCUUUGGAUCAAUUAAACUAACAUAUUGGGAGUGGGAGAUAACUUGUUUGCUUUGAAGUUGGAUGUCACUGCAGGUUCAGAGCAGUGAACAAGCCUCGUCCGGUGAGCAAAAAAGUGACAUGCCCUGGUUCAAAUUCUUAGCUUUUAUAAAGGUGAGUCUAUCUCCUUGCAUUCUCUGCUGUUUGAUUCUGUUUUCAUGAAAUUUUGACUUUUUACUUAACCCGAAAACUAUACGCAAUUGCAAAGCACAACCUUUCUGAAGAAGCAAUCAAAGUUUAUGACUGAUUAUGUCUGAUUCGAUAAUAUGGUGCAACUUUGGGAAUAAUGAUAUGGUAGCCUUUUCAUGUGAAUACUGCAGUUCUCUUACCCAUGCAACAAAGGUUAUAUCUUCUGCUAUGGGGUUAUUUUGAUCUGUAAGCGUAUUGACUUGAGGGGUGAAGAAAAACUCCACGGCGCUGGUCUCUCACUGUAGUGUCAGACCCAUUUUUAUUGUGGGUCUGUUACAUUUUGUGUGUGAGAGACCAGAGCUAUGUGCCGGCGGGGCAUACAGAAGUUUUUCUACAAGGAUGACACAAAAUGGGUAAAAUUGUUUUAAGGUAACAUGUUAUGUUCACAUUUCUCUUCUUUUCUACUGUUUUUUUAUCAAAUGAACAACAGAUGGUGAAAAAGAUGUUGAAAAGAUGGAUUACGAAGCACCACCAUUGAAAAUGGACCGCAGUCAUGAUCAAAUAUCAAUCAUCAUCUUAUCUCGAAGAAAAAGUUGGUUUGUUCCUGUCUUUGUAAUGCUUGCUUUGUGUGGUUCUCUCCCACUCAAGUUGGUGAAGAAUCACCUCUUUGUAUGCAUAUAUAUGUCCAGGAUGUCAAGCUCCAAGCAACUCAUUGUCACAGGGCGGCAAUUUGGAUCAUACUUGCGUUGGCCUUUUGUAGUCUGGUUUGCUUAUCUUACUAGCAAUUAUAAUGAUGUUUUAGGAUCUUCUAACAAACACAAAACAUGAACCAUUUCAGAAUUGACGUUAUCAAUUGAAAUCGCAUAUUUUCUUUUGGCUUCAGGCUGUAAUAAUCAAAAUUGGAGACCCACAAGCACCA